AUGGUUCUUACAAAAAAACAAUGGAUUCUUAUUGGUAGUGUAGCAUCUGUAUUAGUAGUUGCUAUUGUUGUAGGCGUUACAGUAGGUGUUGUAGUUGGUCGAAAAAAACCUGAACAACAAACGAUAGAACCACCAACGACAGAACAAACAACUACGGAACAAACAACAACAGAACAAACAACGAUAGAACAACGAGUACAUGCUAUAUUGGCAGAACAUCCAUUGAUUGAUGGUCACAAUGACUGGGCAUGGGCCAUUCGACGAGAUUUUCGAAAUAAUAUAACUAAUGUUGAUUUGUAUGACAUGACUAAAUAUCAUGUAAACAAUAGUACACCAUUUCAGACAGAUAUAAAUCGUUUACGAAAAGGUCAAGUCGGAGGACAAUUUUGGUCAAUUUAUACACGUUGUACCCAUCAAGGAAAAGAUGCUACUGUAAGUUUUAUGGAACAAAUUGAUCUUAUGAAUCGAUUAAUAGCUAAAGAACCUGAUGUAUUUCAAAUGGCUACAACCGCUGAUGAAGUUCGACAAGCAUUUCAAGCUAAAAAAAUUGCAAGUUUAUUUGGUAUUGAAAGUGGACAAGCUAUUGAAAGUACAUUUUCAGCUUUAAGACUUUUCUAUCAACUCGGUGUACGAUAUAUGACAUUAACACAUAACUGUAAUACACCAUGGGCUGAUCAACAUAUGGUCGAUCGUCCCGGUUCAACAUUAGUCAAAAAUAAUGGAUUGACAGAAUUUGGAAAGAAAAUUAUCAUUGAAAUGAAUCGUCUAGGGAUGCUUGUUGAUUUAGCACAUGUAUCAAAAAAAACCAUGUUAGAUGUAUUGAGUGUUAGCAAAUCACCAAUUAUAUUUAGUCAUUCAUCAGCUUACGCAUUAUGUAAUCAAACACGAAAUGUUCAAGAUGAUGUACUUCGAUUAGUUAAAGAUAAUCGUGGAAUUGUUAUGGUUGCAUUUACACCUAUUUUUAUAACAUGUGAUAGUAAUUAUUUAGGAAAUAUUUCAGGUGUAGCUGCACAUAUUAAUCAUGUUCGAAAUGUUGCUGGUAUAGAUAGUGUAGGACUUGGAGGUGAUUAUGAUGGUAUUGACGAAACACCAGUUGGUCUAGAAGAUGUUUCAACUUAUCCGAAAUUAAUUGAAUAUUUAAUAUCACAAGGAAAUUGGACCGAUAAUGAUAUUAUUAAACUUAUUGGUGGAAAUCUUUUACGAGUAAUGGAAGAAAAUGAAAAGAAUGCACGUGAGUUACAAGAGACAAUGCAACCACUUGAAGAUAUGAUACCUCUUGAAGAUCUAAGAAAAUAUAAUUUUACUGAAUGUCGAUAUUUAGACAUGUAUCCAAGCACUACAACUACAUGA